ACUCGUCGACUCAUACAGAGAAAAGAGAAGGGCACACAGAUGAACAGUUUACAGUUUUGCUUAAGAGAGCCGAGGAAACUCUUUGAUUUGGCGGCAACGCAAACAAUAUUGCGAAAAGGGCUGUGAGUUUAAACUUCGGUAAGCAGGAAUCACAAGAGAGACGAAAAGAAAGCUGAUGAACUUUUGAAAUUCAAUGUUCUGAAACUGUCAUAGUGAAGAAUGCAUCAAGAAACGAGCUCGAAGUAUAGUCAUCUUAAGAAAAGAGCAAAGUUCGCAUCAGGGAAAUCUGACAGUUCGUCCAGGGAAAACGCUAAAACCCUAGAUUUUAAGGAAAAGGGGUUUCGGGGGGAUGAUAGGAGAGGUCAAAGUAGAAGAGUUAAAACUGAUAGCGUGGGCUCCAAUGUUGAAGAUGAGAGAUAUAAGAGAAGAAAUGAUAGCGAGAGGAAUGGUAGUAUGAAAUCAAAGAAUGAUGAUUAUCGAAGUAAAAGAGUUGAGCGUGAUGGUGGAUUCUCUUUUGUCGAUAAAUCACGUAACACAGAUAGUAGGGGAAGAGGCUUGAAAUCAAAUUACAGAGGUCGAAAAGAAGGGGGAGUUCAGAGGAAUGAAACUAAUGGUUUUUCAGGAAGAGAUUUUGACAGGAAGAAGAAGAGGGUUUAUACUAAUAAGUUCACUAAUGGUGAAACCAAGUUUCAUGACAUCGUGAAGGCUCCUGGUAAUAAAAGGGAAUCACAGGAGGAAAGAGGUGAUAGAAGAAAUAAUACUGAACAUGGUGAGAACAAAAAUAGAAUGUUUAAUAAAAGAGAAUCACAGGAUGAAAGAGGUGAUAGAAGAAAAAAUGAUGAACAUGGUGAGAACAGGAAUGGUUUCUUGAGGAAAAAUAGAGAAGCAAAAUCCGAAACUAGCAAGCAGUUACACUCAAAGCAGACAAGUUUUACAGAGGAUCAUGAAUAUGGAAAGAAGAAACUUCAAAACAAGAAGAACAUGGCUGAUGAUUCAAUGGCAAUGUUUGAUCGACCAAAAAGGAAGAUGCGAUUAUUCCGUAUAGAAUAUCCAAAUGACACUGCAAAUAAGCGGUUUGACAAUACUCCACCUACAAUUGAUAAUACCACAACAGAGCAAAAGGAAGAUCCAGAAGACACUGAAGAAAAUGCUGAGAUGUCCAAAAAUGCACAGUUUCGUGCCAUACAACUAAGCCCUUCUAUCAUAACAUUUGUGAAUGAAAAUUUAUUGGGGCGUAGGCGUGAACUUGAGUUCAAGAAAGCAGGAUACGAUAUUGAACUUCCUUCCCCUUUAGAUAAUAUUCCCUUCUCUACAAACACAGAAAGAGAGAGAAUUGAAGAAUCAGUUUUCAGAAACAAACUUGAAUUCUUUGCUGCUGCAAAAGUUUCUUCAUCUUUCCCAUCUCCUGAUCUUCCAGAAAUUGCAUUUGCAGGUAGGUCAAAUGUUGGGAAAUCAUCUUUGCUAAAUUCACUUACAAGACAAUGGGGUGUUGCAAGAACAUCAGACAAACCUGGCCUCACUCAGACUAUAAAUUUUUUCAACCUUGGAUCAAAGCUCUGUUUAGUUGAUCUGCCUGGAUAUGGUUUUGCUUAUGCAAAAGAAGAAGUCAAGGAAUCAUGGGAAGAACUUGUGAAAGAGUAUGUAACUACUCGUGAAGGCCUAAAAAGAGUAUGCCUUUUAAUCGAUACAAAAUGGGGUAUGAAGGCAAGGGAUCAUGAACUUGUUGAAUUGAUGGAAAGGUCCAAAACGAAAUACCAAAUAGUAUUGACAAAAACAGAUUUAGCAUUUCCUGUUGAUGUGGCUAGACGCGCUACACAAAUUGAGGAGAGUCUUAAAACUAAGAAAUCUGCUCUUCAGCCCUUGAUGAUGGUUAGCUCAAAAACCGGAGCUGGGAUUAGAAGUUUAAGAACAGUGCUUUCUAAUAUAUCUCGAUUCGCAAGAUUCUAGCAUUAUUUAUUAAAUGUAUUUGUUUUUAUUUGUCAAAGUAUUGCUACAAUUCAUAAAAUAUUUGAUAGUUGCAUUCAAAUUUGUUACAAAUACUACAAGUAAUGGGGUGUUAGAUUUAUGAUAAGAUUAACACCAUUAAAAUCUUGAAUUUUGAUGGCUUUAAGUGUU